AUGGAAAAGAGAUUUUCCCAUAACUUUGCCAAAAGGGACGAAGGUUUACCACCAAGGGAAGUAUACCCCUUGCCAGACUAUCCAAAGAGAACCCAUUUCGAACCAUUUAUACCAUGUGCUAGUUACCAGAAUGACCUACCAAUAGCCUUAGAUUUUGGUAAGACUAAUGUACGUAUCGGUGUCGCUGGUAUGGAUGAUCCCUAUAUGCAAUUCCCAACAUUGUAUUCUCGUUACAGGGAUCGGACUCUGAAUAGAAGUUCAACUUUUAUUGGUUAUGAUAUCUUUGUGGAAUCAACCAUAAAGUCAUCAAUGAAAAACCCAUUCGAUGGCCAAAUGUUGACUAACUGGGAGGCAACGGAGAAGAUCUUGGAUUAUUCAUUUCUACAUUUGGGUGUUACUCCAAAUAACGAGUGUGUUCCUAACCCUAUUGUAAUGAAUGAAAGUUUAGCAACUCCUCUAUCACAAAGGGAGAAUUUAUCACAGCUCUUGUUUGAAACAUACCAAAUUCCCUCAUUGGCGUUUGGUGUUGAUUCCUUAUUCAGUUUUUAUCAAAACAACGGUAAAUCAGGCCUAGUUUUAGGUACAAAUCAUGAGGCCAGUUAUGUUAUACCGGUAUCAAAUGAAAAGCCUAUGGUUGACAUAUCAAAGAGAAUCAAUAUUGGAGGUCAUCAGUUAUAUGACUUUAUGAGAAGCUCAAUCAAUUUGAAGUAUCCUUAUUUUCCAACACGUCUAAAUGAUUGGCAAGUCCAAUCAUUGGUUAACCAAUAUUGCUUUGUAUCUAAAGAUUUCAAUAGUGAGAUUAAACAAUGUCUGGAUUUAGAUUACCUUGAAAAACAUGAUAUUACAAUUGAGGCUCCAUUUAAUGAAGUAUUGAAAGAGGAAAAAACUGAAGAGCAAAUUAGAAUGGAGGAAAUCAAACGAAAGGAGAAUAUCAAAAAAUUACAAGACCAAGCAAAGAUCAAGAGACAAGAAAAGUUAAAAUUGAAGCAGAAAGAUUUUGAAUAUUAUUCUAAAAUUAAGUUGUCUUUUCAAAACAUGAGCAAAAAGGAAGUUUUAAAUAUCAUAAGGGAGGCCGGAUUCGAUGACGAAUCUGACUUAGAUAAAUAUUUAUCGAACUUGGAAAAACAAUUGAAAAAAGCCAAGUUAUUGGAGAUGGACGAUGAAGACGGAAAUGGGAGUGAGAAUGACAACGAGUCAAACAAAUAUGAUUUCUCCAUAUUAGAUAAACCAAAUUCAGAAUUAACACAAGAGGAACAAAGGGAGAAACGUAGGCUAAGAUUGAUUAAAUCCGGUAUGGAGGCAAAGGAACGUGCAAAGCAAGAAAAAGAAGAAGCUAUUAGAGAAGCUGAAGAAUUGCGCAAGCGUGAUAUUGAAUUCAGGGAGAAUGACUUGGAUGGUUGGAUUGUCGAAAAACGUAAGUUGCUUAAUAAUGUUGUUCAGAGACGUAAGGAUAGGAUCAAAUUAAAGGAAGAAUUAGGCGAUCGUAAAUCCCGUGCCUCACAACAAAGAAUGAAGAAUAUUGCCUCGCUGGCUGACGACGGUCCGGCCACUAACUCUGAAGGCUCUUCGAAUGCUUCAAAUAAACGACGCCGUCACGAAGCAACUAUUGAUAAUGACCCAAAUGAUACAUUCGGUGCCAACGAUGAAGACUGGGCAAUUUAUAGAGAUAUUGCAGGAGUAGACGAUGAAGAACUAUCUGCUGAAGAACUUGAAGAGAUUUAUACAAUUGAGAAGCAACUAUUAGAGUUUGAUCCUAAUUUUACAAUCGAUGAUACUCAAGAACGUCAAUUUAAUUAUAAAACUUCAAUCAUCCAUAAGUUUCUAAGAGGUCCAAGAGAGUUUGACAACGAAGAUCAACAUCAACUACACCAGUUCCACCUAAAUGUUGAAAGAAUUAGAAUACCUGAACUUUUAUUCCAACCUUCAAUCACAGGAGUUGAUCAAGCAGGUGUAGUUGAAGUUAUGGAGGAUACAAUCCUAAGGAGACUACCACAAGAACUAGGGUUCUCGGGUGAUAUUUCUAGUUGCGAUCAAAUUAAGAACAUCUAUAGUGAUAUUUUUAUCACAGGCGGUUGCGCAUUGUUUGAAAACAUCCAAGAUAGGAUUAGGAACGAAUUACGUUGUAGUUUACCUACUGAUCUAAAUUUCAAUAUUAGAGUUGCAAAUGACCCUAUAUUGGAUGCAUGGAGGGGGAUGUCCAAAUGGGCCUAUAAUCAAUACAAUUCUAAUAAUUUGGAAAGUUUCUGGUCUAGGAAACAGUAUGAGGAACAAGGAGUUGGCUAUAUGGCUGAACACGGAUUUGGUUGUGUUAAAUUAAUUUGA